AUGGUUAUCUUCGUUGCAGCAAAAUCACGAACCAUCGCCGUCCGGCUCCUCAGCAUGGCAAUGACGGGCUACUACCGCACGCUGGUACGCCCUCGCGCAUCACGACCCUUGAGCAUGAUGAAGUAUGAUCCCGUCGUCAAGAGACAGGUCUUGUUCCUGGAACAGAAGAGGGGUGGAAAAUAA